AUGAUGCCCAACAUGUACGGCCAUCACCAAUACAACCCGCAUAGCGAGCAGUCGUGGAUGCAUCAGCAGCCUAACCAUCAACACCAAGCCCAGCAAGCCGCCGCUGUCGCUGCCCAGCAACAACACUACAACCGCCUGGCAGGCGCCCACAACAAUGCCACUGCUGGCAUGGGGGCAUCCAUCCCUGGUCAUGUCCAAGACAACGGCCUGGAAAACGUGUCCGAGGAUAAUCGCCGGACCCUCAGCUUCAUCGCGGACCUCUUGAACGAGAACACGCGCGAGGCUGCUCUGUUGGAGCUCAGCAAGAAGCGCGAGCAAGUCCCGGAGCUGGCCCUGAUCCUGUGGCACUCUUUUGGAGUCAUGACUUCAUUGAUGCAGGAGAUCAUCUCAGUCUACAAUCUCCUCAACCCCUCUCAACUAACGGCGUCGGCUUCGAACCGAGUCUGUAAUGCGCUUGCAUUACUUCAAUGUGUGGCUUCGCACAAUGAGACUCGAACUCUCUUCUUGAACGCACAUAUUCCCCUCUUCCUCUACCCGUUCUUGAACACCACCUCGAAGUCCCGACCCUUUGAGUACCUUCGACUCACCUCGCUUGGUGUGAUCGGCGCAUUGGUCAAGAAUGACUCUAGCGAAGUCAUCAACUUUCUCCUGACCACUGAGAUAAUUCCCCUGUGCUUGCGCAUCAUGGAGACUGGAUCGGAACUCAGCAAGACAGUCGCCAUCUUUAUCGUCCAGAAGAUCUUGCUGGAUGACAAUGGUCUGAACUACAUAUGUGCCACUUACGAGCGCUUCUAUGCUGUGGGCACGGUCCUCAGCAACAUGGUAGCUCAGCUAGUGGAGCUGCAAACCGCUCGUCUGCUUAAGCAUGUUGUACGCUGCUUCCUGCGGCUCAGUGACAACGCCCGUGCUCGAGAGGCUCUGCGACAAUGUUUGCCGGAGCCACUCCGCGAUGCAACCUUCAGCUCCCUAUUGCGUGACGAUGCUGCGACCAAGCGAUGCCUUGCCCAGUUAUUGAUCAACCUUUCGGACAAUGUCGUUGAGGCCGGUGGCAAUGCCGCCAAGGUCGUCUUCUUCCACCGCGAGGCAGUGGACGCGCUCUUUGAGCGAAUUGCUGCCACUGGCGGCAGCUUGAACGUCGACGGCUAUACAGCAAACGUCUCGCCAAACUUCAUCAAAGCAGCCGCAGAACGAGAAACCACCGCCUCUUCGAGGACAUGA